UUCGUUAAUCGUCGUCAAUCUUCGUCAAUUCUAACUAGUUCCUCUGCCAUUUUCAAACUCGUCGUUCAAGUAAAAUGUUACCGUUGUGUAAUCUAUUUUUCAUUUUAUUUAGUCAUCCGCUUCUAUUUUAAUAUGUGGCACAGUUUGUCCAGAUGUUAUUUGUACUUUUGGUUUUGGUAUUUGAGCUUUAACCGUGGUUGUGCCUGUUGGUGCUAUAAAAGAUAUAAAACAUAACAAGUUAAAAAAACAAAUAGUACUAAUAUUAUUGUAAAAUCGUUUUGAUAUAUAAAUAAUACGUUUCAUCUUACAUAUUCGUGCUCUCAAUGAAAUGUGGUAAGACGGGAUAGUUGAAUGGGAUUGAAGGACAUGAAAGUGAUCUAGGGAAUACAUAUACAUAUACAUAUAUAUAUAUAUAUAUAUAUGUGUCAUAUUAAAUUUAAAAUAUGUCGUUUAUAUCGCUAAACAUGCUGUGAGUAAUAUAAAGUUAUAUAAUUAAGUAUUAUACCUGUUGAAAAUUUUAAUAUCGGCUUUGGUAUAGAUAUUGUUUGAGUUCGAGCAACAGUAGUCAAAGUGCCUGGUCUUUUGACUAUUGAAAGACCAGUCUUACUUCCUUCUACUUUGAUCCUGGAUUGUACUCCAGAUAUAUUAUUACCAACUAAUGAAUGCAUAGCCUUCGAAACAGUUUUCUUUGUAGCAUUCUUCAAUUUGUAAUUUGUUGCAUUCAAACAAUAUCUAUCAGGUGGUAACCUUAGACCAUUGUUUGGUUUAACGAAUGGUAACGGUAUAUUAUUCUUGGCACGAGCCACAUCUAAUAAUACUUCUCUUGGUGGUGGAUUUGUAAAAGUACGUUCCAACUGCAUUUUCACGGCCAAUCUUACGUCAUCUAAAUCGGUAAACUUCUUUUUAGCAUGAUUCGCAUAUAUUCUACUAUCGUCUAAUAUACACGUAACAUAACCUAAAAACGCAUUAAGAAUGAAACGAUAUAUUCUUAAAAUUAGAAAUUAGUACGAAUACAAUUAAAACACUUACGAUAUGUGAAUUCAAGUAAUUGAUUAAUGACUUUUGGUUCAUAAUCCGUGAUUCCCAUAUCUUUCAUAAUCGACAUAAUAACUUGAGCGUCUUUUGGAAUGUGUUUUACGUGACUCAUUGUUUUAGAUUUUUCAGUCAUUUCAUACGAACGAAUGACUGCUGCGAAUAACGCACUUUAUUGAAACUAAAUGUUACAAUAAAAUACACUUUCUUCUUACAUUAAUGUUGAGAUACAAUCACAUAAUGUUCACGUGUGAAAGUGUUAAAGACAAAAUAACGUUGUUGUUACUUGAAAAGAUAAACAUGCUAAACCAACAAUAAACAAAUUCCAUGGUUGCCACCUAAACUGAAGAAGACGUUAUUAGGCUUCUCUUCGUUCAUAAUGUUUAUCAUCCUGACAAUAAUAUAAGAAUAAACUACACUUUUUCGUUUCUUUUUUUAGUUACUAUCAAAAUUAAGGAGAAAAGACAUAAAUUUUUAGAUUGGUACGAGAACAGUUUAUGAAUUGAGAAGUUGGCAUCCCUUAUACAAUAAGGUUAGGUGUAGCUUAUGGAGACGUAGCUUAUGCGAUGAGUUAGUUGUGUCCGUCUGUUUGUUUUGGGAAAAUCUUUGUCUACUGAAAAUCUAGAUCUUUCGAUAAUCCCCUCUGUGAGUAGGGAGUGGUAGAAUACUCCCACAGUACUCCCUGCUUGUCAUAAGAGGCGACUGUGUGAAUGGUGUGUGAAUGUCUUGUACGGCUAUUUCUUUCUUUGUUCUUCUGUCAUCUCUUUCUCUAUUCUUUCUCUCUCUCUCUCUCUAACUUCCUUCCAUUCCUUUCCAUUUCUUUCCUUUGGGGAGCUUGCCUCCCAAUAAUAUUAGUACUUUUUCAUGGAUAGAACAUCUACAGUUAUAAGCGGGCGUGGAAGGGACACCCACGCCACGAUGAUGUCAGGUAAUAGUAGGGCAGGCAACCCGCCGUCGUCAACCAGCAACUGCCAGGAGCUCGGGGUAGGCAACCUGACCCCAGCUCUGGAUACUGCAUCAGGAAGGACACCACAGGUAGGCGACCUGGCCUGCAGUGUAUCUACUGCGCCAGGAAGGGUAGUAAGGGAAGAAACCCUGGGUGAAUGGCAAAGGGCUGCCAGGGCUGUUGAGAGGAUGCAGCGCUCUGGCUCGAUGUCACCUAUCCUGGUGAAAAUGGACAAAUGUGCGAGGCCCCUGACCUCAGAGGAAGAGGAGUUAAGGGUAGACUUGGUCGGGUUGAAUAAGCAAGGACCGGUAAAGACCCCGGUAACUGGUAUGGAGACUGACAGGUUGCUGGAACGCAUGAGGAACUGUAUCCUAAAAGCCGAAAACGGGAGGAGAAGAUACUACAAGAACAUUGAGGAUGAAGCUUCAGAAGAGAUGAAACAUUGCUAUAAUAAGAUACUGGAAAUGAUUGAAAUCCUAAGGGAGAGGCUUCCAAUUGAAGCAGGUGAUUCUAUUUCAAAGAAGGAGGCCAUAGAACUGCGCAAUAGGUUGGCGAACUUGAAAGAAAAAAAUACCUGUCUCGAGAAAGAACGUAGGAAACUACUAUUAAACUCCUUAGCUGCGAGGAACCAAACAACGACCCGAGAUACUGCAGCUCCUGAUCUCUGCAGAGAAUCCUCUGCACUGGUCUCAACAUCAGAUCGUCAUACAAGUACCCAGAAACAGCUACAGCAGCAGCAGCAGUGGGAGCAGACAACGAAUACAGCAACGACUGAAGCUGAUGGGCCACACGAAAGCCCCACCCUCAGUGCUGAGUCCACACAACCCCCUGACGAAACCCUGACGCAACCAUUGCAGGAGCAGGCGGCCCCCAGUAGAAGAAGGAGGAGGAGUGGGGCGCAGAGAAGAAAGAAGAAGAGGGAAAGGGAAAGAGAAAUCGCUGCAAUUUCCCUAUCCUGUACCAAAGAGACGACGUACUGAGAUGUGCUCCUCCGGAACAGGGAGAACAUUAAUAUAAAGAAUCUGGGGAUCGACAACAUGUUGUGCAGAAGAGAGCUCACGGACGCAAGUACGAGAUAAAGGGGUAAUUGAGAAGGCCGACUGGGUGGCAGAGGCCUUGAGGAAUGCCAUCUCAGAAGCAAGAAUUACUUGCCCUCUGCGCACUAUGCAAGGCGAAUGCCGGCCUGGCUCACUGAGAAGGGGUACUGGGCGAAUAUGUAGUACAUUUAUGCUCGAUACCGCCCACCCCCUCUCUCCUCAACGAGUUAGUAUUAAGCAUCGGGAGGUUUUUUACUCGAUAGGCGAUCUGAACCUGGGAGUAUGUUCAGGCGGGUUGAAUCCAACACUCCCCUGAGUACCGGGCUCAGGGGGCCUAUGAAGGUUUUUCCUCCUAACGAAGCAAAAAAAAAAGUCUCUCGGUAAUGUAUCUAUUCGUCUGUCCAUCAAUUUAAUGAAAUAUUCGACAAUAUCGGAGAAUCUUCAAAAGUCUCAAAAAUUAUGAAUUCAGCUAGAAUUAUCGAAAAGAUAUAGGUUAACUAUUAUUUUUCAAGUUAAAUUAAUCGAUAAAAGAGAGACGGUAGAAUUAUCGGUCGAUUUAGAAUUAUUGGUAAAUUUUUAUCUUCAAGGAAGUAUAAUUUCUCAUAUGAUUUUCUUUAGCUUUUUUAUGAUGUAUUAUUAUUUUUAUUGCAUAAAAAAAUUUUCUAGCACAUAUUAAAAAUCGAUUUUUAUGCUAUACGUGAAAAGAGAUAUAACCUAUAGAAGCUUAUGUAUCGAUGCAAUAGUAAUAUCGAUGCAUAAUAGUGUCGUGUUUUCCUAUUGCAUUUGUAGUUUAUAUUUUGCAUAUAGAUAUUAUAUACUUGUGGCAUUUCUGAAUCGAGUCGCCAGAAGGUAUGAUAGUCGCACCAGAAGAAAACUGGCAAGCCAAUCAGAAAACAGAACAACUAUAGCGCAUGCUAUUGGCCCAAAUUUUCAAUGUAGACGAUUUAGUUAAAAACGAAUUGUCAGUGUAGAUAGUCGUUUUUAAAUAAACCGAUAAAGAGAAUAAUAUAUUCGUGAAUUUUCAUGGCAUUCUUUCGGGAACUUUAAAAAUAAAGGAAAAUAAAUGUGUCAAUGAUCUUAAUCAACAUGGGCACUUAUACGCUACGAGUGAAAGGUAUUUAUAAGUCUUAAUUAAUACAUUUAGAGAAACAUAACAAUACAACAAAACAAUCGAAAGUAUUCUUAUGAUUAUUUUCGAAUUUAACGAAGAUAUCGUCAUUAUUUUUAUAUUAUCUUUAUCGAUCUUAAGGAUCAAUAAUUUUGAUUCAUUUAAUUCCUAACUCGUUAAAUAAGAUAUUGUUCAUUAAUUUAUAUUAUUACAUUUUUAUAACAAAAAUUAUCUCUAUCCUAAGAAUCAAUGAUUAAUUUUACAAUACAUUUGUUAAUAUCUUAGAUAUUAUUCAUUUAUUAUUAAAUUAUUUAUAAGACGUAAAAUAUAGUAUUAUCCUUUAAUUUAUUAUUAUACUUUCGAGAAAAAGAAAAAAAAAUGUAAUUAAUUAAUAAUUCUUCUCAUAAGUUAAUAAACUUCACGUGGUGUGAUUUAAUGAUCGA